UUACACGCCAUUCUUGAUCCCCACAACUCAAAUUAAUCACUUCCAACUGGCUCACUUUCAAAGUCCCACACUUGAGUAAUUUAGUUCAGCAAACAACAAGCUUGCUUCAUCAACAUCCAAACCACCUCGUCACUCUUGUAGUCCUUCUUUCUGCAGGGACGCAGUACAGAUCAAGAAUCUCAAUCCUCAGGUAUAACCUAUAGAAUUGACCCGUAUUGAGCUCACCGAUUGAAGAUCAAGCCGAAACUCAAACUUCAAAUCCAAACUUACAACAAAACAGAAUGAGGAACUGCACGCAACGUUUCGUUUUGCAGCCAUUGAUUAAGUAUCCUACCUUCUUCUUCUUAUUGCUUCUGCUUGUUGGAAGCUUUGUCUCCAUCUACUUCCUUAACAUCCCUAUUCUGAAUAGAUCAAAUUCGGGACAAGUCAUAAUAACAAAAACUACCUCUGACAAAUGCCCUCAAGAAAACAAAGUCCACAAAACUUAUAAAGAAAUCCCGUUAAACUGCACUGGCUACGCAAACACACAGACCUGCCCCUCCAACAACAAACCUGCCUACAUUUCAGAACAAGAUCCUAACUGCUCAUCGGAACUGUCCACUUGUCCCGAAUACUUCCAAUGGAUCUAUGAAGAUCUUAGGCCGUGGUUCCGCACUGGGAUAACAAGUGAGAUGGUAGACAAAGCAAAAGCCAAAUCCCACUUUAAGCUCGUAAUUCUGAACGGAAAGGCCUAUGUGGAAAAGUAUGGUAAGGCCUUUCAAACCAGGGAUUUGUUCACCUGGUGGGGUUUUGCACAAUUACUGAGAAGGUAUCCAGGACAGGUGCCUGAUUUGGAGCUUGUGUUCAGUUGCCAUGACUGGCCUGCAUUUUUGGCAAGGGAUUAUCCCAAGGCCAAUGCCACAGACACUGGCAUUUUGUUUGGUUACUGUGGUGAUGAUGACACAGUCGAUAUUGCAUUCCCGGAUUGGUCCUAUUGGGGAUGGCCUGAGGUUAACAUAAAGCCAUGGGAGUAUAUGGUUAAGGACAUAGGCCAAGGCAACAAGAACAUGAAAUGGGUAGACAGGGAGCCCUUUGCCUUUUGGAAAGGCAACCCUGGAUAUGCUCAGGCCAGAAAGGACCUUAUGAAAUGCAAUCGUACAGAGAAAGAGGACUGGAAUGCCCGUUUGUACACACAGGAUUGGGGUAAAGAGUCCAAGGAAGGAUUCAAGAAUUCAGAUUUAGCAAGCCAGUGCACCCAUCGAUAUAAGAUCUAUGUGGAAGGGAAUGCUUGGUCUGUGAGCCAGAAGUACAUUCUUGCAUGUGACUCUCUCACUUUAUUAAUAAAUUCCAGCUACUAUGAUUUCUUCAGCCGAGGUUUGAAGCCAUUGCAGCAUUAUUGGCCUAUAAAGGCUAAUGAUAAGUGCCGAUCCAUUAAGCAUGCUGUUGACUGGGGCAACACUCACCAAAAAGAGGCACAAGCCAUUGGUAAGGCUGCAACAAAGUUCAUCAAAGAAGAGCUGAAGAUGGACCAUGUCUAUGACUACAUGUUCCACCUUUUGAAUGUAUAUGCAAAGCUUUUGAAGUUCAAGCCAUCAAUCCCUCAAAAGGCUUUUGAACUUUGUUUAGAGUCUAUGUUUUGUCAAGCAAAUGAGCUAGAAAAAAGGUACAUGAUGGAUUCCAUGGUGAGGGGUCCCGCUGACACUAACCCAUGCACCAUGCCUCCUCCUUUUGGUCCAUCAUUUUAUGAAAUUCUUGACAAAACAGCAGAUUCAUUUAAGAAGGUGGAUCUACUGGAGAAAAGAUAUUGGGAAAAUCAGAAUAAGUCAAGAUAGAGGGAGCCUAAAAUAGAUUUUUGCAAAACUAGGGUGAUUUUUUAUUUGGCUAUCAAACACUUGUUUGUAUUUAAGGUCGAAAGUUCAAUAUCACAUGUUCAUUUUCUUUUGGAUAGUAUUGUUUUGGUAAAUUCUUUGUUUUUUAGUGAAUUUUUGGGAUAGUGUUGCUGGUUUACAUUUAGACAUAAUGAUAUUCACGCGAAGACAGAAUCUCUCCAAAUUAAA